AUGGAUGAAAAUGGAGAUUUUAAAGCUUUCAUUGCAAAAAUAGUGAAAGAACCUGAUAUGUUCACUGAAUGGAUGAAAUCUAUUGGUGAAACUGUAAAGAAUGUAGAAGAAAAGUCUGUCUCAUCUGAUGAAAGCUCACAGAGUGCAGAUGAAAGCUUACAAAGCUCAGAUGAUAGUUCAGAAAAAGAAGUUGUCUUUGAUCAAACACCUUCUGAUUCUAGUUCAUCGGAUGAUAAUUCUGAAAAAUCAAUAGAAUUUGAUCAUACGAAAUCGGAGGAUUGGUUUCUCAACGCGUUGAACGGAACGACGUCUGGAUUUUCCGAUACGUCGUCGGUGAAUUGUUUGUUAGGUUUAGAUGAAGACUUUUCGGUGCCGGAGAAGAAAGAUGUGCUGCAUAAAGGUGUGAUAGGUAAGAAUCCGAAAGGUAAUACUUCUGCUCAGGAUAUUCAUUCGGUACCGGAUUUGGAACGAACUUCUUCGUUUGGAUCGGCUUCUUCGUCUCCGUCGCUGGCUAGUUUACCGCCGAUUAGAGUGCAUGUUGAUGAUAGUCAGAAGGUUGGAGGAAUUGAGGAGCAAUUUGCUCAGAUGAGUGUGCAGCAACAGCACCAGAAGGUUCAGGAGGUUGGGGAUUAUGUUGCUGUUCCUGCUCCGGUGGUUGUUGUUAGCGGUGUGCCUGCUAGUAAUGCGCGGGCGGCGGCCGAGUAUUUGAACCAGCAGCAGAAGCAAUCUGCUGGUUUUGAUUUGGCUUCCACGGAUUCGGUUUCGAGUGAUGGUAGACAAAAACCGGUUAUGAUUUAUCAGGACCAAUUGUUAAAUAUCCAAUCUUCGAACAACAAUCGUGCUUCUGAUCUGAGUAAUAAUGUUUCUGAUCAGAACGUUAGAAUUCAGAUGCAACAACAACAGAUUCCAGAUUCUGCUUACGUAAUGUCGAUGUCGAAUCCCCAAGAGAAUACCCCAUACACGUUCUCAGGGACCACUGAAGCUGCCCAUUGA